CUCCCUGAGGCAAUUCUGGAACGUACGCGCUUGGAAACCUAAGCGCGAGCCCCGACGUCAGCCCUAAAAAUUAGGGUCGGUGAACGCGCGCGGCCUUAGCUCAGGUCGAUUACGGUAUACAGAUCAGAAGCAAGAGAGGUGGGUGCAGCGAGAUGCGCGCGCGCUGACCGACGUCAGAUUUGAAAUGUGGGACAGAGUUACCAUUGGAACGGACACGGUAAUUUAAAGCAGCAGCUAUCAGUGAACGCGCUUGUCCGUGACCGGCAUCUCGAGGCGUGGCCGGCGCCCAGAUUGUGUCAGCGCCGGGAGGCGCUCGGUUUCCUGGGGGAUGGCGCUGUACGGGCUAAGCGGCGGCCCUGCUAUGUAGAGUGGCCGGCUCGCCAUGGUCCAUUGAUGAAAGGGGAGGAUAUUGUACAUCAUCUUUUUCCUGUUUCCCCUCUCCUUGUAACCGUGAAGGAUUGCAUUGACCACCCAUUAAGGAUUUUAUAUCGUUGACUUGGACCUAAUUUUCUGUGGAUUACUUCAAUAACCUCAGGACCAUGGCCGACGACGACGUGCUGUUUGAAGAUGUGUAUGAGCUCUGUGAGGUCAUUGGGAAAGGUCCAUUCAGCGUCGUGCGAAGAUGUAUCAACAGAGAAACUGGACAACAGUUUGCUGUGAAAAUAGUUGAUGUUGCAAAGUUCACCUCUAGUCCAGGAUUAAGCACAGAAGAUUUAAAGAGAGAAGCCAGUAUAUGCCACAUGCUGAAGCACCCGCACAUUGUUGAACUCCUAGAGACAUACAGCUCAGAUGGAAUGCUAUAUAUGGUUUUUGAAUUUAUGGAUGGAGCCGACCUGUGCUUUGAAAUUGUAAAAAGAGCUGAUGCUGGCUUUGUAUACAGUGAAGCAGUUGCAAGUCAUUACAUGCGCCAGAUUCUGGAAGCACUUCGAUACUGCCAUGACAACAACAUAAUUCACAGAGAUGUAAAGCCACAUUGUGUUCUCCUGGCAUCAAAAGAAAACUCUGCGCCAGUCAAGCUUGGAGGUUUUGGUGUAGCAAUACAAUUAGGGGAAUCUGGACUAGUUGCUGGUGGUCGUGUAGGAACACCGCACUUUAUGGCUCCAGAAGUAGUAAAAAGAGAGCCGUAUGGAAAACCGGUAGAUGUCUGGGGUUGUGGAGUGAUUCUAUUUAUUCUGCUAAGCGGUUGUUUACCUUUUUACGGUACAAAAGAACGGUUAUUUGAAGGCAUUAUUAAAGGGAAAUACAAGAUGAAUCCUAGACAAUGGAGCCAUAUAUCUGAAAGUGCCAAAGACUUGGUGCGCCGCAUGCUUAUGCUAGACCCUGCUGAAAGGAUAACAGUCUAUGAAGCGUUAAAUCAUCCUUGGUUAAAGGAAAGAGAUCGCUAUGCAUACAAGAUUCACCUUCCAGAAACUGUAGAACAAUUAAGGAAAUUUAAUUCACGAAGGAAAUUAAAGGGUGCAGUUCUAGCGGCUGUGUCCAGUCACAAAUUCAACUCUUUCUACGGGGAUCCUCCUGAAGAACUUCCUGACUUUUCAGAAGACCCAACAUCAUCAGGAGCAGUGUCACAAGUACUGGACAGUCUGGAGGAGAUUCAUGCACUUACAGAUUGCAGUGAGAAAGACCUUGACUUUCUUCAUAGUGUUUUUCAAGAUCAACAUUUGCACACUCUUUUAGAUCUUUAUGAUAAAAUUAAUACAAAGUCUUCACCACAAAUCAGGAAUCCUCCAAGUGAUGCAGUACAGCGAGCCAAAGAGGUUUUGGAAGAAAUAUCAUGUUACCCUGAAAACAAUGAUGCAAAAGAGCUAAAGCGCAUUCUAACACAACCUCAUUUUAUGGCCUUACUACAAACUCAUGAUGUGGUUGCCCAUGAAGUUUACAGUGACGAAGCACUAAGAGUUACGCCACCUCCAACAUCUCCCUACCUAAACGGAGAUUCUCCAGAAAGUGCAAACGGGGACAUGGAUAUGGAAAAUGUUACACGAGUCCGUUUAGUACAGUUCCAGAAAAAUACAGACGAACCAAUGGGAAUAACACUAAAAAUGAAUGAGUUAAAUCAUUGCAUUGUAGCAAGGAUUAUGCAUGGAGGAAUGAUUCACAGACAAGGCACACUUCAUGUCGGGGAUGAAAUACGAGAAAUUAAUGGCAUCAGCGUAGCAAACCAGACUGUGGAACAACUUCAAAAGAUGUUGAGAGAAAUGAGAGGCAGUAUCACUUUCAAGAUUGUACCAAGUUAUCGCACUCAGUCGUCUUCAUGUGAGAUAUAUGUGAGAGCACAGUUUGAAUAUGAUCCUGCAAAGGAUGACCUCAUUCCCUGCAAAGAAGCUGGCAUUAGGUUUAGAGUUGGGGACAUUAUCCAAAUCAUUAGUAAGGAUGAUCACAACUGGUGGCAGGGCAAGCUGGAAAAUGCCAAAAAUGGUACUGCUGGUCUCAUCCCUUCUCCUGAGCUUCAGGAAUGGCGAGUUGCCUGCAUUGCUAUGGAGAAAACAAAGCAGGAACAACAAGCUAGUUGUACUUGGUUUGGGAAGAAGAAAAAGCAGUAUAAAGACAAAUAUUUGGCAAAGCACAAUGCAGUAUUUGAUCAAUUAGAUCUCGUCACUUAUGAAGAAGUUGUGAGAUUGCAAGCUUUCAAAAGGAAAACACUAGUCCUUUUAGGUGCACAUGGUGUUGGCAGGCGACAUAUAAAGAAUACCCUAAUUACCAAACAUCCUGAUAGCUUUGCAUACCCCAUCCCACACACAACCAGACCUCCAAAGAAAGAUGAAGAAAAUGGAAAAAAUUACUUCUUUGUAUCUCAUGACCAAAUGAUGCAAGAUAUCUCCAACAAUGAAUAUCUGGAAUAUGGCAGCCAUGAGGAUGCUAUGUAUGGAACAAAACUGGAAACAAUACGAAAGAUACAUGAACAGGGACUUAUUGCAAUACUUGAUGUAGAACCUCAGGCUCUGAAGGUCCUUAGAACUGCAGAAUUUGCUCCUUUUGUUGUGUUUAUUGCUGCACCUACAAUUACCCCCAGCAUCAACGAGGAUGAGUCCCUUCAACGCUUGCAGAAGGAAUCGGAAAUUCUUCAAAGAACAUAUGCACACUACUUUGAUCUAACUAUUAUAAACAACGAGAUUGAUGAAACGAUUAGGCAUCUGGAGGAAGCCAUUGAGCUUGUAUGCACAGCACCGCAAUGGGUUCCAGUGUCCUGGGUCUAUUAGACCAUUUUCAAGAUAACUGUCAAUGUUUUACUACGUUAAAACACCUUGUGCAGUACUUGGAGAAACAAACCUCUAUUGUUGACAUUGUCAACUUUUCCUGGCCCCUAAAGACUACCUAUAUGUAGUGUGACCUAAAUUUAUAAUUAUUGUCAUGUCCUUAUAGAUGGGAAGGAAAACAGAGCAAAUUUUUAUGUUUAUUUAAAGAGACAGUAUCUUUUCUUAUACUUUUUCCUCCUAUAUUGCAUUAUAAAGUACCUUUUUUAAAACAUAUACAUUAUUCAGUCCUUUUGGAAUGUUAUAUUUUUGGAAAUUGUAUCUUUUUUGUUUCAAAGGCCUCUUAAAACUGCACAAAUGAUAUGCUGCUUUCUAUAAUCUAUUUUAAUAAUGGGGUAAUUGAAUUACUAAUAUACUAGGGUUACAACAUUACAUUCUUUUUAGCAUCUUAGUUCAAUAAUUUGAUUUAUAACACUAAUUUAUUUAAACAAUUUAUCAUAUGUCUGUUGAUAGAGGGAAUUCCACAUGUUCUAACGGCCUUGUUCACUUUAGAAGACUUACUUUAUAAAGUUAAUGUUUACUGCAUACAUUUUUGAUACUGUCUCUUUGAAGAAAUCUGUAAACAAUAUAGAGAUUUUAAAUUGGGUCUUAAUGCAUGUGGGCAGUCGCAAGCGUUUAUACUAUUGGUGUAUCUGUGUUGAACAAAACUGUAACCUACUUACAGAAACAUACAUUCCGUUCAUGGGAAACUGUACCUGAGGGAAUUAAAUACAAAUAUUGUAACCAAGUUGUAAACCUAUGCACAUCCCUUGCAUUUUGGGCAACUUUAUAAAGAAAAAAAGAAACCAAUUUUUAUUAUUAAUCAUGUAGUGAAAUGUGUUUGUAAUUUUGUCUCAAUUUAAUUUGUUGUAAAUGGGAGGGUAAUGACUGAUUUUACCAUUUCAGAUAUGUGUUGUCCGAGAGUAUUAACAUUCUAAAUAAGGAAUGUGUGUAUGUGUGUGUGUAUAUAUGUAUAUUUACACACAAACACGCAUAUAUAAUUGUUUAAAAAUGCACACAGUUUAAGAGUACUUUAUGGACUUCUCUUAAAUAAAUAUUCCAUAAUCUCAAACAAUCCUGUAAAUCUUCAGCAAAAUACAAAUGGACUAUAAUCUGACCAAUAUUUUAUUUUAAUUUUAUUUUUAAAUAUACUUCCUUUUAUGUGUUUAACAAUUAUAUGUCUUUGGGUCAUUCAUUUAUUCACCAGUUUGGUAAUAUGGCUGGGGAAUACAUUUUAAUUAUAAUGGCACAGUGGAUGAUUGUAUAUUUAGAUGUCAAAUGUUUUCCUUUUUUUUUUUUAUUUACUGUUGUUUAGACGUUCUUUGGAGAUUUGUACCCCAAUCUUCUCAUUUCCAUUGUCUUAAUAGUCAUUUUGUAAAGCACAAGUAUAACGAGGCCUAGUGCCACCAUCAUCUAAGUAAUAGCCUUAACUGAUUCAAAGAAAAUAAAGAUUAAGAUAAUGAUAGACCAUUUUCUAAUUAAUAGCCAGUUACAAGCAAAUUUGUAUCCAAAUUCUUACUUCACUUUUCAAGACAUAGGAAUGAUUCCAGGAUAUCACAAUAAAUUAAAAAUUUGAGACAUGAUUGCAGCUAAAUUAAUUUAAUGCCAAGUGACAAAAUCAAAUCCUUUUUGAGAAAAUUACUUGCUCUGAUCUGUCCUUCCAAGAGGAAGGGUAGAACUAAAAAUUCAGAAAGGUUAUUAACUGUGGUGUUGAAGUUAAUUACGAAAUAAUCUAAAAAUGUCUAUGAUAAAUAUCCUGAGAAAUCACUAUGGCCCCUAGACAAACUCUGGCUAGCACUCAAUCGUCACUAUAUAUAAUUUCAUAAAUGUGAAUACGUUCUGCAGUUUUAAAGAUCUUGUAUAAAACUAUAGCUUUCUGUAUUUAUUUCCUAUGAACAUUUUGUACAUUGUUUUUGUUUACACUGAGAGCCUUUUUGUGUAUUUUGAUUUAAUAAUGAACUUCACUAGUGUGAUGGGACAAGAGAAUUGCACGCAGUCUGAGGAAAUACAUCACAUCUUAGGCUAAAAUCAGAAAGCUUUUUUUAUUCCCUGAAAUUGGUCGGUACAGUUUGAAGGAACAUUAAAAUCAAAAAAUGAAUUUCACAUAAAAUGUUACAUUAAAUUUGCAGUGAUUUGUUUAAUAUAUAUCUUUUUUUUUUUGCAUUUCAUUUAAUUUCAUUUUAAAAAUUAUGAUAUUACCGCUCCCUCAAAGUGACUGGAGUGUAUCUUGCAGGAUUCAGGAUCUUUACCCUACAAAAUUCUAAACAGUUGUUGCUUAAUUAUUGCUGGAGCUCACGUAUAUACAGUAUCUUAGACACAGUAAGCAAUAUAAGAUAACCAGUACUCAAAAAUCUAAGGGGUGUAUCCUGUAGACUGCAAACAAAUCUAAUUUUGCAAUGCAGCAGCUGAUUAAGCUAUAAACAUGUAAAAGAUUGACUUUAAUGUUUCUUUUAAGUUGAAAUUUUAAAGUCAUAUUUUAUCAAGGCCAUUAUACCAUAGAAGUAUAUUGGUAGCAUUUUUUUUUAUCAAUCGUUCAAAGCCACACUCAAUAAAAACAUUCCCUAUUUGUUUAAUCACAUUCAAAAGAAACAAAUUAAUGAUGUGCUCUCAGAAUCUGGUGAAUCUAGGUUACUGUAUUUUGUGAAUACAAAUAAAUCAUGAUAGCAUUUUUUUAUUUUAUGUUUUACCAGAGCCUGUCUUGAGAACACAAUUAUCUCUCAAUGAAAUUAUCAAUCUACUUAAGCCAAGGAGCAAAUAUUUUUAUGUUGUGUCAUAUUAUAUGAGCCAAGCGCAAGCCUGUAAUUUUACCUUACCUAGAAAACCAAUAAAGAGAAGGUCUUUAUAGAAGAAUGGUUCUUUUCUGUUAAACAGUGGUAUGCCUAAAAUGAAUUUUCUGGUGCCCAUUUUUACUUUUGCAAGAUCACUGUACAAUUUAAUGCAUACUGAAAAAGGACAAUUAUCCUAGUGCAACAUAUUUCAUUUUGCUCAAGGAUGUUUAGUAAAACAAGUUGCCUGGCAAGAGUAAUAAAAAUGACAAAAUCCAACUGCAGAAUGAGUUUUCAAAUCUGUUUCCCUCUUCAAUAGUUAUUUCACAUUGUAGUUCUUGUUCUUUAAAAACUGUUAUAUUUGUCAUUUUCAAUGAGCUUUGGAGGUGCACAAAUUACCAUGACUGAAGGUUGUCUUCAAAUGGUAGCUUUUUUGCAAAUGUGUUUUUUUUAAUGUAAUUAUUUGAAAGGCAAAAAAAGGGCCUGUUAAACUGUUUGUUCAACAACUUCUUAUAGUUGUGAACUAUAAGAAAAGCCUUUUUUCUGACAAUUAUGGUACUUUGUAAUCUAAGCACUCUAAAGAAAAAACAGACAUCCUUUAUAUAGUCGUGGUCUCUUAGUAGCUCAUUGAAAUGAUCUUACAAUGAACUGAAGAUGAAAUGCCUCUCUAAGUGUACAAUCUUAAAAUAAAAGUCUUGAAUAUAUUUUUUCAUAUUGCAUUGUCUAAGAUUACAACCUCCUCUCAGCACAUGUUGAGUGGAGAGGUUAUUGGUGCUAGAAAAACAUAAUUUUUACAUACUGUUUCUAAACAAAUCUUAUUUAAAAGGACAAUGUCAACUUUUUAGCUUCCUAAUCUUGUUAAACAAUAUGCUGCAUUGAUAUUUAUCCAUUGUAUAGCAACAUAUAAGCACAUUUAAAUUAUUUGAUCUAAAUAUAGAUUAUUUUUAUUCAGCAUUGUUAUAAUUGCUUGUGAACACACAUUAAUGCAUGUGAGGGCGUAUCAUUACAUUUGUCCAUAUAGAAAUAGAAAUCCUGCUUCUUCAGAGAUAAUUUCAGGAUUUUUUAUUUUUUUUAAUACUUUCGUUUAAAUAUUUAACAUUAUCAUUGGACAUUAUUAAGUCACUCUCUGUAUUCUGCCACACUCUUAAAAUACUUAAUUUUAAAUAUGAAUUCUAGUCAUCAUGGUUUGAAGUAUUAUAUUGAUAAAUCCCGCCAAAUAUUUGCAUGAAUACGUUAUGCAAUGAAUUGGCAAUAUGUGACAAAUUUGCAACUGAGCUAUAUGCUGUUAUAAACAAAGCUGACACUGUCAUUUUUGUAAGAUCGGUAAACAACUGAAAAACAGGUACUAGAUAUUUGUAAAUUGUUAUCCCUGUACACCUUUUUUUCUGUACGUUGCUGUCUUAAAAAGAAAAAGUGGUGAUGUAUAUUGAUUGCAUACUGUGAAUGUAGAUUGUCAAAAAUAUUCUAUAGAUAUAGUGCACCUCCCAGUCAGAAUUAGUUACUUGGUCUCAGGAAAUACACAAAGCACAGUCAGAAUGAAACAUUGGAAUGUCUUGUAUAUUAACUGGUUAAAUACUGGGGGGGGGGGAGAUGAAAUUCAGUGGAGACUUGUAUAGUAAAGUAUAAAAUAUCCCACUGUAGAGCCUUUACAUUGGGUUAUGUAAUUGUAACAUAUUCAACAGCCCUUUUUGGUACCAUAACUCAUUUGGAGCCUAAGCAUAUUGUUCUGAGUGUGGUUGAUAAAAAAUGUUAAACCUCAUGUAUGUGGUUCUAUACCUGCUUGCACCUUUGUCUUUAUAGUGCAGACACAACAGAGAAAACUUUAAUUUCUUUAUGGGCGAUACUAGCUUACAUAAUGUAACAUAUUCAUAUAAGUAUCAAUUGUCAUACUUCAAAGAACGUGCCCAUAGGCUACAUUGGAGGCAACUGAAUAGUCCCACUUAGCAACAUAGCAAUUCAAUAAAGUAAAACAUUAUGAUG